UCAAAAUGCUGUCAAAAAGAAGUACCAAAAUCAAAACAAAACAAUUUGAAAUAUUUAAAACUCACGGAAAAUCAACGAUAUUCAUUUGUUAUUAGUAAUUCAAAGUAAAGUGGUUUUUUUACAGUUAUUAAUUUUAUUAAUAGCUUUGAGUUCCCUCUCGUAAAUUGACUAGAACGAAGUCAGGCGCGACCGUCGUACCUUACGGGAGUACUAGGCACUAGGCUGGCAUUCGGCUAGACUUGUGUCCAGGUGCACUAGUGUUUCCGGUUGCUACAUCCACUAUCUACGUCAGAAGCCUAACGUCGCGGCUUACGACAACAACUUCGACUCUCAACUACCGUAAAGAGUUGGCAUGCCUGGCGGAUCACUGAGCGGUUCAUACACUUCCUUGGAAAAUGUGUACCGUGGCACGACGGUACCCAACAAUAUGGCAGCCGGCUCUAAAAACAUGUUAAAGAAUGUUAAGAAAGCCCUUAGUCUCGGAGGAGGAGUUGCGAAGAUGAAAUUAGAGCCGUUACUUGAUAAAAGUUCAUCCGAUAUGGCCGAGGUGUUGACACAAAAGGAGACGAAACCAAUUCCAAAGAUCAUGCCGACCUCAGUUGCUGAAGAGACUGCCCUACUCGGCACGGUGACCUCGGACAGCAUGGACGACAUCGAGCUGAAGAACAUCCAGCUUCAGUUCCCGUCCAGCCGGCGGCUGAGCGGCGACGGCGCGUGCGCGGAGAUCCGCGUGCGUACCGACCGCGGGGAUAUCAUGGUGGCGGUUCAUGGUGACAGGAACAAGCCGGCCAUUGUCACCUACCACGAUUUGGGGCUUAACUAUGUGUCAAGCUUCCAAGCGUUCUUCAGCUUCGUGGACAUGCGGGCCCUGCUUGAGAACUUCUGCGUGUACCAUGUGAACGCGCCCGGCCAGGAGGAGGGAGCCCCCAGCCUGCCUGACGACUAUGUGUACCCGACCAUGGACGAGCUGGCCAACCAGAUCAACUACGUGCUGGGCCACUUCGGCAUCAAGACGUUCAUCGGCUUUGGAGUGGGCGCCGGGGCCAACAUCCUGGCUCGCUAUGCCGUCGCCCACCCUCAGAAGGUGGAUGCCCUGGCCCUGAUCAACUGCACCUCGACCCAGGCCGGUUGGAUCGAGUGGGGAUACCAGAAGAUGAACUCCCGCUACCUGCGCUCUCGCGGCAUGACCCAGGGCGUGCUGGACUACCUCAUGUGGCACCACUUCGGCAGGGGCACUGACGCUCGCAACCACGACCUGGUCCAGGUGUACCGCCUGUACUUCUCUCGCAACGUGAACCCGACCAACCUGUCGCUGCUGAUCGACUCCUACGUGCGUCGCUCGGACCUCAACAUCGCUCGUGACGGAAACACCCUGAAGGUGCCGGUGCUGAACAUCACGGGGUCGGACUCGCCCCACGUCGACGAUACGGUCACCUUCAACGGCCGUCUGGACCCAACCAACUCGACCUGGAUGAAGAUCUCCGACUGCGGAAUGGUGCUGGAGGAGCAGCCUGGGAAGGUCUCCGAGGCCUUCCGUCUGUUCUUGCAGGGUGAAGGAUACGGAUCCGACUUAAUAGCUCCGCUCUCGCCGACGAAGAUCACCCUCUUCCGGCGGAAGUCGUUCGAGGAGCGUGCGCAGGCGCAGAAGCGCCAGUGCCGCCUGUCGCCGGUCAUCCGCAUCACUGAGAACCCGAUCUCGGAGGCCGUCGUCUGCUAAACGCAAGGCGCAACCUUGUAGCCGUUUCACUGUAGUGUUACCCUAACGCACCCGGUUUUUACGAUAAUUUUUUUGAGUUGCGGACAGGUUGGGAUAUUAUAGCGUGUUUGUAAAAUAUGUUGGUAUAUAUAUUUUGUAUUUACAAUAUUUACAUACUCUCAAAAGAUUAAACAGGAGUUUGGCAAAAGCAUACAGUAUUUAACAGCGCAAAAAUGUAAGUACCUAGUUUAUGUACCUAUUUUCACACAAUUUAAUGUAAACUGAGUUUAACGGUAGUUUAACAGAAGCGAAAGUAUAUGACAGCUAAACAUUUGUUUCACACGUGUCCUGUUUGUGUUGUAAAUUAUAUUCAAUUUAACAAUUAUUUAUAAAAUAAUUUGACUAUCGUUAUCGUCAAAAACUGGGUGUCGUUCUUCUUCAAUACCCCACUGUCAUGUUUAGUAGAUGUUACAAUGAAAAAUGAUAUUUAAACUUAAUGCACUUUAGAAUCUGUUUUGCUCUGUUUACAAGUUAACAUUUUCCGUCUAAAUUUAACUUAAUCAGUCAAUAUUAAAAUCUGACACUGCAAGUAAUAGAAAACAUUUAAAAUUUGGUUUUAUAAUGCUAUAUGAUAAAAAGCGGGUAGAGGUUUUUAUUGGUGGCUAUAAGAAGAAAACAUUAUGAAAUAUUUUAAUUUAAAAUCAAAAACCCGAUUAGUAGUAUCUAUGCAUCUUUUUAUUUGAUACUGUAUAAUGAAAAAAAUAUACUUUAUUUAAAAACAACACUGCGCGAACCAAGAAAAUAUUGUAGAUCUGAGCUUAUAACUAUGUAUGUGAAAUUGGGGAUGGAUGGAAAAACGGAAUGCAGGAUUUGAGAAUAUAUUAUAUCUUUUAUAAUAUUUGGGUCAGUAAAUGAAAAAAUUAACGUUGUUAAACGACAAUUACAAGUUUACACGUAAAUAUCAUCAAAUCAUUUUCAGUUUUUAAUAUCUUUUUUACCAUGAAAUUGAAGAACCAAAAACUUUUAUUAACACUUAAGGAGUAUCUAUUUCUUAUUUCAUAAAAUGAAUGAGUAAGAUAGAAUAGAAGAAUGUCACAACAUUUUAUAUUCGGCUGCAGAGCAAGCUCGGGAACAAGAGUCUGGAAAGAAAUAAGAUAAUGCAUAGAGCCAUAAAUUAACAAAAUAUGGAGGAAUUUCAAAUCGUAAAGGGGUGCUAUUCUAAGGAAAGACCAUGCGUAAUAUACCUAUCUAAUUAUAAUUUAAGUAUAUUUUUACAAAUUAAGUAAGUAUAUUUAUUUAACAAUCGAAUCUCGGCCUAUUUUACUUUACAACUGUAUAUUAUAUUUAUUAAUUUAAAUUAUAUUUGUGGUCCAAAGCAAAAAAUAGAUCUGUCAGUAUCGUUUAUUUCGAUUACAUCUAGUCAUGCAAUAGAUUAUUUACUAUAAAAGUUUGCAAUGUGUGUGGCAGGUCUAAAGAACCGGAGGUGUUAAAGGGUAUAAGUCACUUUUUAAAAAUAAAUAACACAAUAACUGCCACAUCAAAUAAGUAUAUCUGAUUUACAAAAUUUACGCCGACAAAUUCAAAACCCUCUUUUAUUGUGUGAAUGUUAUUUUUAGAAGCAAUUCUAUGUUUUACUAUAUUUAUUUGUAUAAUAUAAGUUGGAUGAAGUUACAAUCUCUUUUAUUAUACACAUUAAGUAAUGAAAGUAUUGUAAAAGCUAAAAGGAAGUUUGCUGGUUUAUAUUAAUUCAGUUCUUAUUAAAUAUGUUCUAUAAAUCAAGCUUUUAUAAGUCAGCGUUUCAAAGAUUUUGCACAUUAAUGAAGUACCUUUUAUCAAGUUUUUUUUUUCCUUACGUUUGAUUUAGAUUUUUACAAAACAAUUUUGAUUCUUUUAUUGUGUUUUUUUAUAUAGUUUGGUUUGUUCAGUUAAUAGUUAGGUUUUUUACGUGUUAUACUUAGGUAAUUGUUAAAAAAUAUUAGUGAAGAGUGCUAAAUUUGCUUCAAACUUUGAACUCUAGACAUCCCAGCAUUAAAAAGGGAUUCUAUAGAUAGCGAAACUUCAUGCUAAAUGCAUAAUGUUAUUGUUUCAGUAGUUAGAAAUAUUAAUUUAUCAGAAAUAAUUAAUUGUAACAGAUUUACUCAUCGGAUUAUCUAAUUUGGUAAAUAAUUAACUUAAAACAAUUCAGUUGGGAUGUGAUAGCGAUUACAGGCAGUGUUGAAAGUGUCUUGCAACAUCCAGACACAUUUUUAUUACGGACACUUGAUUUAUUAUUUAAACAAAACAUAAUCGUUGGUGUUAUUUAUCUUUAACUUCCAUCUUAACACUCAUAAAAUUUCUGAGAUUUAGACUGUCACCUAUGUCUCUCAAAAUACCAUUUAAAUAGGAGGUUACUUACAUAAACAUUUAUAUAUAUUAAUCAAUUGUAUUGUAACACAUACUUACAUAAACUAUUGUAAUGAUGAAUCAGUAUUCUGCUAUGUAGGACGUAUUGUUCAAUGUAGUGAAAGUUUUCCAAUGUCUGUAUGAUACACCUAUACGGGUGAAACAUAUAUAAUGUGAAUUUCAAUGCUUAGUCUUAAUUCUUUUUAAUGUUAUGUAUACCUAAAUGUAACAAGCGUAUCGUUGCCUCUAGACGUACCACGUGGCAACGACUUUUCAUGUGAAUUGGUAUAUAAUAUGGGCCAAAUAAAAGCCUGUUUUACAA